GUAACACCUAAGCUGCUGUUACUGCGGCACUCACUUAAAAGCUAAGAUGGCGGAAGAAAGCAGAAUGAAUCUUGCUGCACUACAGCAAAGAGAUCCCUAUAUAACUGAAAUCAUUGAUAAAGCCGUUAAAGUUGCGUUAUACAAAUUUUCACAGAAGCAGAAUAAAUGGAGUGUCACAGAUAUUGAAGGCUCAUUGUUUGUCUACAGAAGGUCAGCCAGCCCGUCCUAUGGUCUGAUGAUUCUGAACAGGAAAGAUUUGAACAACUUGGUCCAGCCUUUGACCAGCCAGGUAGAGUUUCACCUCAACACACCCUUCCUGCUGUUCAAGAAACUAUCGGACGACUUAGAGGACGCGAUUCUAGGGAUUUGGUUUGUGGACACUGGGGAGUGUAUACGUCUUACAGAGAAAAUUCAAAGCAUACUGCAUGAAGUGUCUGGAAGGAGUGAAGAGAAGAGUUCUCUCCCUGAAAGUCACACUUCCCGUGCAGCAAUGCUGGAUGGUAAUGUUGGCCCUGGACAAAACAUCCUCAGCUUGUUGAGCAAUGCUCAGAAAACGUACGAGCAAGAACAUGGCGCUUCCUAUGAACAAGUCGACCCGAGACCAAUUAAACAUCCAAGCGGCGAUGCAUCAGGAAUGUCACAGAUCUCACUGGAUGACCUAUUUAGAACUGUUAACCAACAUUCUGCCAAAGCAGGGAUGGUGGACACUGGCACAGAUACUGUCAAGAAUCCUGUGUAUGCCAGAUCUAUAUCAGUGACGGAAGUGGAAGCUCAGGCAGUGGUGAAGCAGCCAGACACCAGACAUCCUAUACUCAAGUUGAUUUCAUCUAAGACUGUGGAGGAAAUUGAGAAGCAGCAUUUAGAGGAGCACAAAAGGUUAAAGGCUGGCGGUGCUGCACCCACCAUUGGCAACUUCUCUGCUGCUAGUCAUUCUAGUCGUCAGCCUCAUGCGGCCAAUGACCCCGGGCAAGACCUGAUGCAGUUAUUGAGACAAGGCAGAGCCAAGCCACCAGUGGUCAAAUCUGUGGGCAGUGAGGGAGACAGUGGAGACAAAGUAACUGGCAAACAUGCUGUGGUGAAGAAACUCAUUACAACUCAAGAUCCACAGUUUGGCACUAAUCGAGGUUUUAUACCAGUGACAUUGCCUAGUAAUGCCCACUCCGUGGAUGAGAUAGAGAACAGCCUGGUCUACCCUGCAAUGCCAGACGCCCCCUUGGCUGAGGAUCUGAUUAGUGGGAGAAAGAAGGACACUAGCGCCAUCUUCCCAACCAUACUGAAACCCAGUGAUCUUGACCCCAGCCUGGCAAAACCUAAAUCACCUCAAGCUGGUGCAAACUUUUGUUCUUCAGCUUUACUCACACCUCAAGCAUUUUUAGAUCAUCCUCCGCCAGAGACAGUGGUGCCUGUAGUCAGCCCACCCCCCACCUUGCCAUCUUCCACCUCAAAUCUUGCACCACUUACCAGAGAACAACUUCAGCAGGCCAUGUUACAUCUCAUUAAGAAUGAUAACAAUUUUGUGAGCACACUCCAUGCUGCAUACCUAGAGAGCUUCCAUGCUGCUACAAGUAAUAAGUCCUAGGCCUUGAUGCCGGGAUGUGCUUGUGCUGUUGAUGUUUGUUGUGUGGUCAAGUUAUGUGGUGUUGCGACGCCAGUGCUGGAGAGUCCAUCAUCUCUUUAUGUCGUGUUGUGACCCCAGGGCUGGAGAGUCCCAUCCUUUCAUCCAAUCUGUGGUUCAAUGUUGUUUUAAAAAAAAAAGACUGUUGUGAAAUUCUCUGAUCAUAUUUUGCGUGUCACUAGGGAAACUCUCAGUGAUAUGAACUGACUCGGCUCUGUGUGAAAUAAGUCAACUUUUGUUUUAGAAACCUUUUAGUUGGAAUGCAUUUGUUAUAAAUAAAAACAAUUGAUGGUGCUUUAAUGUGCGUUUGACUGUGAGUGAUGGCACAAGUAUGUUUUUUUUUUCAAGAGAUUCAAUGAAUUUUAGGAAAUUUUAUGUAAAUAUCUGCUUCCUUUGAAUGCUUAAGAUGUCUGAUUGGAGAAUGGUCUUUGGAAGCAGACACAACAGUUGUUGAUGUGACCUAAUUGGUUGACCUUGUUGAAGCAGUUAAAGUUAUAAUGAAACACUUGGGCCUUUUGUAAAGAGACAUCUGGAUAACUGCGUGUACAACUCUGUGGUCAUUUUCAUUCAUUUCAAUUAUUUACAAGAAGAAGAUUCUCUUUGUACCAGUGGUUCAUAGCCUGUUGGCCUUGAACCCCAAAGUGUUUUAAAGACUUUUCAAAGCUUUUUUUUUUAAUGAUGUCAUCUGGUAGUCACCUGCACUAAAUUCAUGACUGUAAGACUCAAAAUUGAUAACUGCUGUAGUUCAUUGAACAACCAAAACUCUUCACCCAGGCUAAAACAUUUUUAUAUGUAGAUCAAAACGUUUAAUUGUUUAAUAAAUGUUUCCUAAACACUCAUUUUAUUAUAGCAUGGUUAAUAGAUGUCUUUUUUUUUUUUGUUGUUUUUCUGGAAGUGUGUGAGACAAACUUUUGCUAUACAAAAAGAGUUUACAUCUAAGUCCAGCUACUUGGUAACACAAAAUACUAUUUUAGAGAAUAAAGUAAUUUUAUUUUUGUAGUGCAAUAAAACUAAUGACACCCGCAUAGUUUUCAGUUAACUAGGGAGGUAUUCUAUACUUGUAUUUAUAUACAGUAUGAUUGGACUGAAAUGUUUACAUAUUAACUUUGAUAAAGAAACUUGUGAAGAACUUGAUUUGUGUAUUAGAAUAUUGAUUGUUUUUUUUUUUUGAGUGUUUUGAGUGAACAACUUUUGAUAGCCUGAUGGACAACAUUUAUUUUAGCCUGUCUUAUUUUUAUGUUUUUCAAUUUAGACUUUUGGAGUGGGAUGGUUUUGGAUUUUAACAGUACUUUUUAAAAAAAUAAAAGAGAUGUGAUCUUGACUCGUAAUCUUAACAGACUGUAAAUCCAAAGCAUCUUUUCUUUACUAAGUAUCUAACAUCUCGACUGUUCCAGAAAUAAAGAUAAAAGAAAUAUGAGUCUAGCAUAAAUUUCAUUAAAAGAUUCCCCAAAUUUUUUUAACAUGUAGCACAUGAUGUUUAUGUGAUGUAACAUAAUUCACUGCCAGGAAUCUUUUUGGGUCUCUGAAUGGGUUUAGUUCAAGUCCAUCAAAAUAAGUAAUGUUUCAAGAGAUGCCACAGAAAGACGAGAAGAACAGUUCAGAUAUAAUCAAAAUAUAUCAUUUGUCUUAAAUUUUUUAUUUAUUUAAAACUAAAAUUUAAUUUUAAUAAUUUAUUUGGUACAUUCAAACUUAGUAGGUUGGUUCCAUUGUGGCAAAAAAUAAUUCCUUUAUUUGCUUGUUUUAUCUUGUGUGUGUGUACGUGACCUACUUAACUAGUUGUAUCCAAAAAGGUCACAAUAUGUUUGUCACAUUAGAAUUUCAUUCAAACCCAAGACUUCUGUUUGAUGAGCAUUCACCAUAAAGAUUGAAACCCAAGACUUUUAUGUUUUUUUAUUUUCUACUUUCACCACAAAAGCACAACGCAGUACCUCAUGUAGUUCUAUACCUGAGACCUGAUGUCUCAUGCUAAAUAGUUUGUUUUAGUUUUAAAACAACUUUGUUACCCACAGCACUGAAAUGAAUUAUUUCAUUCAUUAUUUUUUCAAGCAUCAAAUCUGUGGAUAUUUUUUUUUAUUUACAAAUGAAUUGAAAUACUUGUUUCUAACCCUUAUGCUAGUUAGGUUUUUGCUAAUGUUAACAAGAAGUAAGAAUCUAUGAAGUGUUUUACUUUUGUUACUGCGCCAAAACAUGGAGUUCAACAUUUAUUAUGCUUUGUUUUGUUUUUAAUCAAAUGUCUAGUUAAAGAAUGUGUUUACUUUGAGUUGAGCACAAAAAAAUUAAUUCCUUUCAGACAGAUUGAUGAAUAACAUUUACAUGGGGUGGGGGGUUGUCUAAUAAUUGUUGUUUCUGUUUAGUUGUAUCUGUUUAGUUGUAUCUCUCAACUUGACCAAAUGUUUCAUUCAAAUUUUGUUCUGUCUGUUCUCUCUGUUCUUCACGUGCCAUCUUGAUUUGUUUGGGUUUUUUUUGUUUGUAAGUUUGGGAUUUUUUUCUUGCCAUGACCUCUGGCUCAGCCUGCUCAAUGUCUUUGUUAGCAACAACUUUUGAUGUUGUCUGGUGUGACAUGAAAUGAAGUUGUUGAUGUCAUCUGUUAUAUCUGUGGGUUUUUUUUUUAAAUCUGCAAGCUAGAUAUUUUGACAUAUCAUAAGACUGACUAAAUGUUAGCUGCUAGAUAGUGUAUGCCUGUUGUUUUUUUGUUUAUUGUUGAGAGCAAUACUUCUGCAUGGUGAAAUGACCAUUUUUUAGGCUCUGUUUAAAGCUGUAUUGGUCUUUGCUACCUUUACCUUGUCAGCACUAAAUUGCUGUAUUGUAGCUUUAAUGAAUCUCUACUAGAACACUUUCUGAAACAAAAUUGUCAAGAUGCAUGUGAAUGUGUGGACUUGUCAGAGAAUCCUAUUUAUUGAUCCAGUGGGUGAAAACAAAAAUGACUUUUUUUGUUCAAUGCAAGAUGUUGAAUGUAGUUAACAAUGGUUCGAUGACUUCAUUUCUUUUUUUUUUUCUUGUUGUUUUGAAAGUGAUUUUUUGUCGCUGGGUAGUGACCUUGAACUUGUGCUGAACAUGUCUGCAGUAUGGAGGAUAUCAAAUGUUUAAUUAACUAAAAAUAUGUUUAACUGUGUGUGUUUGUGCAUGGUGUACAUGUGAAUGAAAUUAUACUAAAUGAUAAGAUUUAUUUAUAGACAUUUAUUUUCAUGUCUUGAAUUUUGUUAGUUAAAUUGUUGACCAAUAAUGUGGGUCUUUUUGUUUCUCUUUCUCCCAUUCUCUAAUUUUCUCCCUCUCUCUUGGUCUCUUUCUCUCUGUGUCUCUCUUUCUUUCUCUCUCUCCAUUCUGUAUCUCUCUCAAAUGUAUGAAAUAUUGAAAUGUUGAUAUUGUUGUUUGCUAUUGACUUAUUUCAUGAUGUGACUGCUUAUUUUACAAAGAUGCUUGUAUGUCUGAGUUGACAAGAGACAGAGACAGGAGUUUACAGUGUUGCAAUACAAGUCACUUAAGAAAUCACUUACAUUGAAUGUUUGGUCUCUCCACACUCUGUCAAAACAAUGAAAGAUAGAGACCAGCUUUCUAUUUUUGAUGAUGUUUAAAUGUCUACAUUUCUUUGUUUGCCACUUACACUAACCAUAAGAGACAUAAUGUAUUGUUUCCCCCAUUGUGCUCAACCAAGACCACUUCAGUCAUUGUAAAGGGGGGGGGGGUAUUAGAGUUUUGCUGUGAAUCUCCUUAAACAUAUAUUC